AUGUACUCCGAGGUUGACGACCAGAUAAUUGCCCAGGGUGCUGAAGCUAUUGUCAAGAAGGUUAAAUAUCUUGGCAAGGUGUGUAUCCUGAAACGGAGGCUCUUUAAGCCGUUUCGUCACAAGACUCUCGACGAGAAUCUGACCAAGAGUCGAAUGGUCGCUGAAUGCCGCAGCACUGCCAAGUUGAGGCGGCACGGCGUUUACGUGCCUGUCAUUUACCUCGUCGACUUCGAUAAACGCGAAACCGUCUACGAGUUCAUCCCCGGGGAGACCGUCAGUUCCAUUUUGUCUAGGGGCCAGUUUAAGUACUACGAUCUCAUUGGCGAGAACAUUGCAAAAAUGCACAACGCCAACAUCAUUCACGGCGAUUUAACUACUAAAAACAUGAUAAUGUGCAAGGGUCGCAUUCUUUGUAUUAUAGAUUUCGGCCUCAGCUUCUUUUCUACUCUCGCUGAGGACAAAGCAGUUGAUUUAUAUGUUUUAGAGCGUUGUUUGACUCCGGAAACUUUCCAGGAUGUUCUUAAUUCAUACGAAUCUCUUGUCAACGACUCCGAAGAUGUCAUUCGAAAACUCGACGAGGUUAGGCUUCGAGGUAGGAAGCGUGACCUUUCUGGCUAA